GAACAAAUUUUAUUUGCGAUUGAUUCAAAUCAUGUGUUGACGAACCUUCAACUUAUCGCGAUCAUAAAGUGGGCGAUGAAGCGGUCGACAUUGGGGAAGAGCAUGAAGGAAUUUUUAACAGAAACGUUGAGCACCUAUUAUCCACUCACAAAUGAUGUCCGACUUUGGCCUACCGAGGCCACAGAUGUUGGUUGUUCGGCUAUGGAAAGAUUCUAA